AUGAUUAGCACAUCCUUCCAGAAGUUAUCCAUGGAGCUGCAUGAUUCCCAGUGGAGGACUGACAACUGCUGUGGUUGCUCCUGUUCCAGGGAUGGAAUUGACUGCUGCUCCAACUUUACGACACCAACUGGCUGUGAUGAAAGGAAGUAUGUAAGCAUUUUCAACAAGGAGACCUGCAAUGGUAAAGUAGUUGAGAAAGAUGAUCACUCAGAAGAUGCUCAGUCAACAAAAUACUUGCCGCUUUUUUGCUUGAUCCUUCUCUUCUCAAGGACUCUGUGUGAUGCUCGCUGUUACUUCAGACCAGCCAGCAAAUACGGGUGCCUUUCAAACAGAAACCUCUAUGUUUUUGGUGCGGUGUGGAAGACUGAAGAUUGUUACCAAUGCAGGUGUAAGAUGAAUGCAAUGAUUUGCUGCAGCUUGGUCGUAAUCCCCAAGAACUAUGACAGAGUGAACUGUGUGGGCCUAUUCCACAAGAAAAGCUGCUCCAUCCGAGUGGUGAAGAAGACUAAUCCUGACAUAAGCUGCAAAGUCUACAAUGGAGCUGAUUAAAACCGUGUGAUGUAUUUCUCCUCUUCCACACCUACCCUAGAAGUUGAACAUGCUCUGGAUCUGUCCCUUAGAAGAAAGCAGCAAGGCAGCAUGGUUUCAGGAGGAACGGGUUCACCUCGUGCCUUUUACAUCUCUAAUUGUGCCUCAUCUAUCUCAUUUCUGACACUAGGUGGUUUGUCUUAAUAACACACACAUUUGUAACCCAGCUUUACCACAGAUAAUUUUGUGACUUUUUUCCUGUUGGGAUCCAGAGCUAAAUAAAUUUUCACAUACAUCAAAUCACUGCUUUUCCUUCUAAGUAGUAACUGAAUGGUCUUGUUGAAAACAGAA